AUGGCUGCUCCGCCCGAUCUGAGGGUGCUUUGCGGCCGCCUUGCCUCGACACCCGUCGACGAUCUCCCCCGCCUCUGCCCGCUCCUCAUCAACCAUGCGCUGCGCUGUGGAGGGCCACUGUCGGCGCCGCAAGAUGCCAAGGGCAGGGCCUCAUCAGAGACACCCAUGCUGGUGCACAAGCUCAGGACGCACAUCACUUCGCUCCUGAACGGCAAGAGCCCUGCCGGCCGCUUUGCUGCCGUGUGCCUGAUCAAGGCAGUCAUCGACGUGGGCGGCUGGGAAAGCCUGCGGGCGGCAGACCCGUGGCUCAAGGGGCUGAUCGGGGUGUUGCAGAAACCCGAUCCGCUGGCGUCGAAAGAGCUAUGUGUUGUUGCUUUGACCAAAAUCUACCUGCUGCUCCAGGGCUACCAGACUCUGGUCCGCGAGAUGGCCACCCCUACCCUACCGAGCUAUGUGACGGCCUGCUUGCAGCUCAUCAAGCCCCCGGCCUCUGGCAAGCCACUCAGGGUUCCCGCAACGUUUAUCGAGUCGGUGGCCUGCUCUCUCUCCAAGCUCGUCAUAUGUUACCCGACCACGCUGCGGCCUUUCGCUGCCCAGAUGAGGGCUGCACUAAGGGCCUAUGUCGCCCCAACUUCCUCGGAUCCUGCCGUUGUCCCACAGAGUCUGAGGGAGAGUUCUCGGCAACUGUAUAUUCUGCUUUCCUUCACAGCGCCUAAGAACGGCGGCAGCGAGGAAUGGGCCAGAGGUAUACGGUCAAUAAUCCUGGAUUCUCACGCCACAGUCGACCAGGUUUUCCGCGCUGUUGUCGAGUCCUGGGAGUCAACCACGGGCUACGUGAGCCAGGCGGCACGCCACGGCGCGGAUCCUUCUGGCGGAGGCGAGGCGGCCGAGGAGCUGCCGCCCUGGUCAGGUGUCCAAGCCGGCUCGGAGAGGCUGAUCGGCUUUCUGGAGUUUCUCGCCGCCUUUCUUGACAACCCCACCAAGGCGCCAGUUACACUCCCGCUCGGCGAGCUCCUGGACUUGACAGCCAGGAUAACGCUCGUGACGCCGCCCUCGCCCGGUGCCGAGGAUUCCAUUGAGACGAAUCCCGGAAUCAGGAGAGACGAGAAGGCCGAGCUCUGGAGCGUCCUCCCCGACAUCCACAUUGCCGUGCUGCGCUUGCACCUGGCCCUUAUUCGCCGCCUAAGAGGAAACGCACUGCCGCUUGCAGCCGACAUCCUCGACCAGAUGGUCCGCGUCUUCAACGCCAGCCGACACCUGCCGGCGAUGCACGAGACCGCCUACACGCUCGCCAAAGAAGUCCUCCUUCUCUCCGGCCCUACCCUUCCGAAGCUCACCGUCGAUUCCCUCACGCCUCUGAUUCAAUCGACCUGCCAGGAUAUCCUCCUCGCAACCGGCUAUGUCGAGGACAACCCGCCUCCAGCAUCCCAGCCUUCAACCAACGGCAGCACAAAACCGAAACCCAACCCCAACGCCACCGCCAACACCAACGCAGACGCCUACCUCGCCUCCCCCAACCCCUCCUCCUUUUCUGCCCUCCCCUUCUCCGACCUCCAACCAACCCCAGCCACGCACCUCCUCCCGCUCCUCCUCUCCCACCUGCCGCAGCAGCACCUCGCCCCGGAGCUCCGCGCGCUGCUCGACCGCACCGCCGUGCUCGCGCGCUGCAAGCCCGCCCUGCUCGCCAGCUGCCUGCACCCCUACCGCGACGGCCGCGGCCGCUACUACCCGAGCCUGCUGCCCUUCCUGGUCCGGCAGUUCCCGCGCGACCAGGACGUCGAGGUGCUGCGGAGCAAUCUGGUGCGCGCUGGCGCUGCGGCCGGGCGCGGUGGCGGCGGCGGCGGCGGGGAGGAGGAGGAGGAGGAGGCGGAGGAGCUGGUGGAGGAGCUGGGCCGGCACCAGGUCCUGCGGGGCCCAGGUCGGGAGCCUGGAUGGGGUGGCCAUUUGGCGGAAGAUGCGACCGAGGAGGUGGUUAUGGAUGGGGAGAGGAAGAAAGGCAAGGAGAAAGUGGAUAGCGUCGUUGGACCGGAUAUGGACAUGGACGUCGACGUCGACGAUGCGCCGGCAGCAAAUGACAGCGCAAACCCCUUCGCGACGAUGGUUGCCGCGCGGGAAGAGCCAGCAGCCGAGCCGAUGCGGCCGGCAUCCCCGCUCAAGCGCAGGGGCGAGCCGUUGGAGGACGACGCCGGCAAACCGCCGAAGCGGGUCGACACGGGCAGGGCGCCGCAGGUCGCUGUCAUGUCGGAGGCUGCGCCGGCUGAGACUAAGGGGGAAGAGAGCGAGGACGAGAGCGACAGCGAGGAAAGCUUGGGGGUUGAACUGCGGGAUGACGAGGAGGAUGAAGAAGAUGAAGAUGAAGAUGAAGAUGAGGAGUGA